UGGUGGUGGUGGACCCAGGUGAUGGCAGUGGGGGUGGUGAGAAGUGGUCAGAUGCUGGAUACAUUUUGACAGUCAUUCAGCAAAUCUGCUAAUGGGCUGGCUUGUCAACGGGCAAUGAGAGCAGAGUCAAGUCAACUCCAAGGCUUUGGGCCUGAGCACCUGGAGGGACAAAGGUGCCACCUACCUGGCUGCAAAGCGCGGCGUGUUUCAAAGCGAAGAUACAGGGCUCCGGGUGCCUUCCUCCUUGCCCCGCGCGCAUUGGCUCUAGCUGGAGACAGAGCCGGGUUGGAGCUUCUGCCCCGCGUUCACUGUGUGUCUCACCCCGAAUCAACCCAACCUCAGCCCUCGUGGGCGCGAGUCCCCCUAAAGCGCCCUCUGCCAUGUGAGCCCCCGGCUGUCACCACCAGGUGGCGCCCCUUGCCUCUGCCACAUCCACCCCAGCUCACCAUCUACUCCAAAUUUCCCUUUCACUUUCGGUCUCUGGCUGUCACCCAGCCUGGCUCCUUCCACACCCAGCUGGGGCAAGCCUGAUCCAGCCACAGGCAUGAGGGGCCCCCGGCCGAGAUGAUAGUGCUGGCGCCAGCCUGGAGCCCAACUAGCUCCCUGCUGCUGCUGCUGCUGCUCAGCCCCGGCCUCCGCGGGACCCCCGACUGUUCCUUCAGCCACAGCCCCAUCUCUUCCACCUUCACUGCCACCAUCCGCAAGCUGUCCGACUACCUGCUUCAAGAUUACCCAGUCACGGUCGCCUCCAACCUGCAAGACGACGAGCUCUGUGGGGCGUUCUGGCGCCUAGUCCUGGCCCAGCGCUGGAUGGGACAGCUCAAGACCGUGGCUGGGUCCAAGAUGCAAAACCUUCUGGAGGAUGUCAACACCGAGAUACUCUUUGUCACCUUAUGUGCCUUCCAGCCCCUCCCCAGCUGUCUUCGCUUCGUCCAGACCAACAUCUCCCACCUCCUGCAGGACACCUCGCAGCAGCUGCUGGCCCUGAAACCCUGGAUCACCCGCCGGAAUUUCUCCCGGUGCCUGGAGCUGCAGUGUCAGCCGGACUCCUCCACCCUGCUGCCCCCGAGGAGUCCCGGGGCCUUGGGGGCCACAGCCCUGCCGGCCCGUCAGGCCCCUCUGCUGCUCCUUUUGCUGCUCCUGCUGCCCGUGGCCCUCCUGCUGCUGGCCGCUGCCUGGCGCCUGCACUGGGGAAGGAGGAGGCGGAGGACGCCCCGCCGCGGGGAGCGGAGGACACUGAGGCCCAGAGAGAGCAGUCACCUGCCAGAGGACACAGAGCCGGAGCUCGGAGGAAGUCAGCUAGAGACUGGUCCCUUCCCCAGCCGUGCUGCCCCUCUCUCUCGCUCUCCAGGAUGGAGGCAACACCAGCAUCCAGUCCCGGCCCCAGCCCCACCUGCCCCUCUCUGUACAAAGCCCUCAUCCCCGGGAAAUUGUAUAUAAAUCAUGUUUUUCUACCAACGCUGGCCAGGCCUGUCUGUGGAUGGGACAGAGUAU